ACUGUGAGUGCAUAAGUUGUGCCACAAGACCAGGCAGUUUGUUAGCAUUAACAUGAAAGGCUUUGUGUUACUAGCUCUUGCUCUCUCAUUCUUCCUAUCCUGUGGAGUUGCCUAUGGAAAAUAUGUGAAAGUGUCUAAUUGCAAAAAUGAAUCUGAGAUUUGUUCAUAUGAAUAUCAUGCUGGAGUGGAGUUAGCCAAAGGGGAAAAAGUAUCAGUAUCUGCAAAAGUGGAUAUCUCUUGUGAAUCAGUUGGUGUGUUUAACAGUGAGCUAUCAGCUCGUUUUUGUAUGAAGGUCAGAAACAGUGUCGUCAAGAAAACCAGUGAAGACAACAAUGAUGAUCUGGUUCCAGUGGAAAAAUUGGAUAAAUGGUUCUGCUUUGCUCAAAGCACAUCAAGUGGUAAAGUAUUGGGUGUGUUUUAUGGUAAAGGAGAGGAGGAAUGGGUGGUCAACUUUAAGAGAAGUAUUGCUAGUGCUUUUCAAGCUAACUAUAAGGGAACAGCAGUUACUAAUGAAACUGAUUCACAAUCAAACCACACAUCACAUUACAAGUUAGCAUGCAUAUGCAUGUGUUUUAUGUACUUGUAUCCUAGAGUGUUUUCAUCAGUGUAGACUUUCUAGGUUUCU